UCCCUACUAGGGACGAUACAGUUUCUGCUGUUUGUGGACGAUCCAUCAAACGCUGUUAAGACUUCGAGAGUUGCCUGUUACGCCGAUGAUACUAAGAUUUUCAAGAGCAUCGAUUCCAUCACAGACUGUAACGCCUUGCAAUCCGACCUUAACAAUCUUGUCAGUUGGUUCGAAUCAUCCGGGCUCAUAUUUAAUCAGUCCAAGUGUAAAUACCAGUGCAUCUCCCGCAAAAAAUCACUUGUACAACCUACCUAUACUAUCAACGAAACGCCUUUGGAAGCUUGCGACACAGAGAAAGACCUUGGGGUGUGGGUGUCAAGCAACUCACCUCAGACAAACAAGUAUCUGAACAGUGUGCGAAAGCCAAAAACUCCUCGGGUUUGUGCGCCGACUUUCUAG